GGAGGCAGAAACACAGCAGAGGCGGAGUUUUUAGGAGGGUCAAAGUUUUAUCCAAACAAAUGGAGACUUUCAUCUAAAGACUAUCAACAUUUCUAACUUUUUAAAGACUUUCACUCGACACCUGAGCUGUAAAUCAACUAACCGAACAUUCGGCGGAAAGAGCUUCGUAGCUGUUAGUUGCUGAGUGGGUGAGUUGGAUUGACCAUGGUCCGGUUUUUGAGGUUUUUCACGGUGGUGGGCGACGACCACCACGGUGCCUCAAAGUGGAAUGAAGAAGAACUACACAAAGUUACCGAAGACCGGGAGCCUGUAAAACAACCGGCCACACGGCUGACAUUCAGAGAUGCUCUGAAAAGUCUCUUCAGCUCGGAGAAAUUUCAGAUAGCUGUUGUGUGCUUGGUGAUCUUGGAUGCCUUAUUUGUUCUGUGUGAGCUGCUCUUAGACCUGUCUAUAAUCGAAGCGGACCAGCACCACAUCGCUCCACAGGUGUUUCACUACCUCAGCCUGGCGCUGCUCACCUUCUUCUUAGUGGAGCUGGGCUUUAAGCUGUACGCGUAUCGGCUCGAGUUUUUCCACCACAAGUUUGAGGUGUUUGAUGCGAUCGUCGUGAUUGUGUCCUUCAUCCUAGAUAUCGUGUACAUCUCCAAAGAAAACGCCUUUGAUGGCAUGGGCCUACUCAUCCUGCUCAGGCUGUGGAGGGUGGCCAGGAUCAUUAAUGGUAUUCUGUUGUCAGUGAAGAGUCAAGCUAAUCACAAAGUGCACAAGCUGAAAGAGGAAAAUGAUAAUCUCCUCCAUCAAAUCAGCGAGCUGCAAGAGCAGAAAAUUGCAAUGGAGCAAGAGGUCAGCAAGCUGAGAGCACUCUUAACAAAGCACUCCAUCCAGUACUGAUGACCGUAUCUCACCAUUACCAGCUGUACAAAAUACUCGUUAUAAUUCAUUAUGAAUAUGGGCCAGUGAAGGGAAAUAUAGUAAACUAACAAUCUAUAGCUCAGAGUUCUAGUUUCGUAUUUAACGCCAGUGCUACAAGCCAGAAUCAAGGAUGAUAAAUUUUAGCUAUACCAAUGCUAUACCAAUGCAGCUUUCUGAACAACAAGGCCCUGAAGGAGUGUUCAGAGUAGGAAUGUGCUGACAGUAAAUCAUUAUAGAAUAACUGUUACUUAAUAACAUCGCAAAAUUACAGGCUCAACUAAAACAUGUCACUCAGGAUUUCUGACCUCUGACUAGGACAAACUUAGAAUUCGUAAUUGGAAAGUUGGGACAGUCUCCUCAAUCCCGAGUUGUCAAAUCAACACGUCUGCUCACGGCAUCACCAUUAAACGAAGUAGCCCCUCAAGUUAUACUGUCCACACUUGUAUUUGUUUUAGAUCAAUCAACAUAUUAGCUUGUUAAAUCUAUAACACUGACUGUUCAGUUCGCUGUAUACAGUUGAGGAGGUAAAUAUACAUUAGUCAGUUAGCUGGCUGGAUUUUUGCUUAGAAAAGACAAACAUGGAGGCAUCCAUGUUUUUAUAACUCGCUAUGUAGCUUGAACACACACAGUUUGAAACUGACGUAAUUCUGAGUUCCAACUUCCCACAUCUGAGUUAAGUGGAGUGCAGCAUCUGUGAUGGUACUGGCCACCAUGUGUUUUUUUUUUUUUUUUUUUUUUUUUUUUUCCCAAGCCUUCUCCAAGGAGUUUCAUUCUAAUUUGUCCAUAAUAAGGACUAUUAGAAGACAACUGUACUAUACUGCCUUUUGAACGAGAGACAGAAUUUAUUUCAGGAAUCAGGAGUACAAAAUCGUGCCUAUCUACGGAGCCUUCUCCCAAAAGUAACACAGAUAGUCCUGAUUAUUUAAACUGUCCAUGACAACAUUAAAAUGCAUCAUGAAUAUCACAUUAUAUCAGCACAUGUAACAGGAAUAUUUAACAGGAUAUGUAACAGGAAGAAGGGAAUCAACAGUGAGCUUGUUCUUUAGCGUUUCUUUAAGGUUUAUAGCACCUCUUGAUUAUUUUCUUAUCCAAAGACUUUAUGCAGAAUUACAGUAUGUGCACUAAUAUAUUGCUAAGAAUUAAAUUGUUAAGCUUCUGUUUAGCCUGCUGCAAAAUAAUAUACUUUAACUAAUAUUAUGUAAAGGAAUCAAGUAUUUUUUUAUUUUAAUUGAAAAUAGUAUGCAUACAGAAUAAACUAUUACAAAAUGUGAA